CAAAAGUAAGAAGAAGAAAAAUAUAUUAGAAAAGGAAGUGUCCUGACUUUACGGAUAAUAUUUCUCUUUUCCAGAUACGUAUGUGACUAGUUUGGGCGCCGACCUUCUUAAAUCUGAGCAGACUGAGAACCAACUAUUUUCUUGAAAGCAGCGAUAGCGUGAUUUUACUGAUUCUAGCGCCUGACCGGACUCUCGCUAUAAAACGGCAGAACUACCAAAUCAGCCUCGUAUUAUUUGCCUUUCAAAACGCGUUAUAACGGGACGUUACGUUUUAAAGGCCUUAUUUCCUGAGUUAAUUUAACCGUUACCGUGUAGCUGCUUUAAUUUAACCGUAAAACCACAGUAUUUUAUUCUAGCAGCUAACCGCACGCGCCGUACAAUAAUAUAGCCGAUAAAUGUCUCGAUGACAACGAGUGUAUUGUAGUAUUGAGAGCGUCAACCGCAAGCUACCGUGACACAUCUGAGUCUGGUAGCAUGUUCACUCGAUGCUGAAGGAGAUGUUUAUACAGCACAACCUGCUGACGGAUAUUAGGUAGCUCACAACUGGAUGACGACGCAUCGAGGUCCGGUAUGAAACACGACACAUCUGCGCUUCAGUAAUCGUGACUGGAGGCUCAUGAGAGCCUUCAUUAUGUACCAUUGCUGUGUCACCGUCCUGUCGAUCAUCCUCACCUCUCGAGACUGAUAUUCUUUGGCUUUUUAAAAACACUCGUGAUCCACCAAGUGUUGCGCAAUGGCGGGUGUCGGGGUCAGCGUGCAGCCGCGGGGUCACAUGCCGUCUGCAUCCUCCAACUCCUCGCCCACUGAUCCUGAUACCCGGGGCUGCUCAAACGGGGCCUUCAUGGACUCCUUUGGCAUCUUCCUGCAGGGCCUGCUGGGAGUGGUGGCCUUCAGCACCCUUAUGUUGAAACGCUUCAGGGAGCCCAAGCACGAACGGAGACCCUGGAGAAUCUGGUUUCUGGACACCUCCAAACAGGCCAUAGGGAUGCUGUUCAUUCACUUUGCCAAUGUCUACCUGUCUGACCUCACAAAGGAGGACCCAUGUUCACUAUACCUGAUCAACUUCCUUUUGGAUGCGACACUGGGCAUGCUGGUGAUCUAUGGCGGCGUGAAGGCUGUUAGUGCUGUGGUUGAAUGGAGACAGUGGGAUUCGCUGCGUUUUGGAGAGUAUGGUGAGCCGGUUCAGUGCAGUGCCUGGGUGGGUCAAUGUGCUCUUUACAUCCUGAUCGUAAUAUUUGAGAAGGUCAUGAUCAUGUUGGUCCUCCUUCUCCCACAGUGGAAGAAGCUGGCUACACUCAACCCUAUAACAAACCCUCAUCUGGAGCUAGCUAUCGUCAUGCUAAUCGUCCCGUUUUUCGUGAACGCUCUGAUGUUCUGGGUGGUAGAUAACUUCCUAAUGAAGAAGGGCAGAACAAAAGCCAAAUUGGAGGAGAGGGUAGCAGAAAAUGACCCUCGUGGCAGCAGCAAAGUGCGAUAUAGACGGGCAUUGUCACACGAUGACUCUGAAUCAGAAGGAUGAAUUGAAACCAGGCCCUCUGGUCAGGCCUGCUGAAUGAACAAGGUUACUGAUAAAGAUUUCGUCUAGAUGGAAAUAUAACCGCCUUUCCCUCUUGGGGUAUGAUUCUGACUAUUAUUACAGAGCAAUCUUGGUUACAGUUGGAAAAUGAAACCAAUUGGAUGUGGAGAGGGGUGUUAAGUACUAAACAAUAUUAGAUGAUUAGGAAUUACUGACAAUUUGUGAACUUAUGUAUGCUUUUUUCAAUAAACUGUAUAAAAAUG